AUGCUUAUGAUCCGGGUCUUCUCUGAGGAUCCGGGUCUCUUCGAAUACAUCAUAAGAGCGUUUGCGAUGUUACAACAGAUUGUAAAAGUCGUGGCAGCAAGACCUGUGAGCGAGUUCUCUAUUUCUCAUGAUGGUCGAGCCAUCACCAUUGAUGGUCAUCGCCGAGUCCUCCUUUCUGGUUCAAUCCAUUACCCUAGAAGCACUCCUGAGAUGUGGCCAGAUCUUAUAAAAAAGGGUAAGGAAGGUGGUCUUGAUGCGAUCGAAACUUAUGUUUUCUGGAAUGCGCAUGAGCCUACUCGCCGUCAAUAUGAUUUCUCUGGAAAACUAGAUCUUAUUCGAUUCCUAAAAACCAUUCAAGAUGAAGGACUGUAUGGUGUUCUUCGCAUAGGACCAUAUGCAUGUGCCGAGUGGAAUUACGGAGGAUUCCCUGUGUGGCUGCACAACAUGCCCGGAAUGGUGUUCAGAACUACAAACAAAGCAUAUAUGGAUGAGAUGCAAAACUUCACAACUAUGAUAGUAGACAUGGUCAAAAAAGAAAAGUUGUUUGCAUCACAAGGAGGUCCAAUUAUCCUUGCUCAGAUUGAAAAUGAGUACGGAAAUAUAAUGGGACCCUAUGGAGAAGCGGGUAAAUCAUACAUUAAGUGGUGUGCAAACAUGGCUCAGGCUCUCGAUGUUGGUGUUCCAUGGAUAAUGUGUCAACAAAAUGAUGCCCCUCAGCCUAUGUUGAACACAUGUAAUGGCUUUUAUUGUGACAAUUUUACACCAAACAAUCCCAACACUCCAAAGAUGUGGACUGAGAAUUGGACCGGAUGGUUUAAGCAAUGGGGUGGUAAAAAUCCUCAUAGAACAACUGAAGAUGUUGCAUUUUCUGUUGCAAGAUUCUUCCAAAGAGGAGGAACUUUUAAUAAUUAUUACAUGUACCAUGGAGGCACCAACUUUGAUAGAACCGCAGGUGGUCCAUACAUCACAACUUCAUAUGAUUAUGAUGCUCCCCUAGACGAAUAUGGUAAAUUUAAAUUAUAG